AUGUCUGAACUGAAGCAAUCUACGAUGACAUCCCCAGAUGCCGGAGUCAAUCUGGGGCAAACCUCCACUUAUGUAGAUGCAGACGCUGAACGGGCAUACCGUAGAAAAGUGGACCUGUGGGUUUUGCCAAUGCUCUGCCUGAUGUACUUCUUUGAUUGCAUGGAUCGCAGUAACUUGGCAAAUGCCAAAACCGACGGCCUCGACGACGACUUGCAUUUUCAAGGGAAUGAUUACUCGUUACUGAUUCUUCUCUUCUAUAUUCCAUUCGGUCUAUUUGAUCUGCCAUGGAACCUGCUGAUCAAGCGCUAUUCUGGUCGGAUUAUGCUCUCAUCCAUGUCCGUUGUUUGGGGUAUUCUUGCACUAUGCCAAUGUGCUGCUAAGGACUUCGGCUCUUUACUUGCCAUCCGUAUCAUUCUCGGCGUCUUUGAAGCCGGUUUCUUUGCUGGAGCGACCUUUUACCUGACCCUUUUCUACACUCGCGGGGAAAUGGGUUUUCGCUUGGCCAUUGUACAGUCAUUCGCUGUUCUGGCUUCCGCAUUUAGUGGACUGAUCUCCUUCGGGGUAUUCCAAAUUGAGAGCCAUUCUGUGAAGGGGUGGCAGUACCUAUUUAUCAUCGAGGGUGGAAUGACCUUGAUAAUUGGGGUUUUCGGGUUUCUGGUGCUACCAGAUAACCCACAACAGGCCUGGUUCCUGAACGGUAGGGAGAGAGAGGCAGCAACAGCUCGACUCCUUCGAGACUCUUCAUCAGAGGUCUCGACCAAUUUCAAUCUUAAAGCUUGCUUUCAGUCUUGGGGCGACUGGCAGUUCCCCAUUUGGUGCAUCAUAUCGUUCACCUACCCAGUCGCUUACGCAACCGCAAUGAACUUCUUCCCUCUAAUUGUGCAACGUCUCGGGUACUCUGUUGUCAAGACCAAUCUGUGGACGGUGGCCCCAAAUCUCGUUGGUGCAGUGGUGUUGCUCGGCGUCGCCAAAUCAUCGGACUAUUUCCGCGAGAGAACCUGUCACAUUGUAUUCUCUCUCGCCCUCUCCCUUGUGGGGAUGGUUAUUCUGGUGGCAAUUGAUGUUCUUCACCAUAAGGGGGUGGCCUAUUUCGCUUGUUUUCUCAUGGCAUCUGGCGCAUAUAUCCCAUCAUGCCUUGUUCAUGCCUGGCAUAAUAACAACAACGUCCAUGAAAACUCCCGCGCAGCGAAUACAGGGUUUCUGGUGGGUUUGGGUAAUCUCGCCGGUGUAGUGAGUGCCGCUACGUUUCGGACUGAAUACGCCCCCAAAUAUCUUCCUACACUGAUUGCGACUUGCUGUUGCAAUGCUGUCUGCAUCAUCUUCGUGACGGGAUUAGGGGUAUGGAUGCGGUUCGAGAAUCGUCGUCGCGAUCGGAAACAAGGAUUCAGACUAGGUGAAAAUGGAGUGGAUACGAGUCAGUUCAAGGAGGGCAGUCGGAGCGUGCAAUGGCGAUGCAUUUGCAACGCGAUGAAGAAUCACGCUUGUAAAUAUCCCGGUUGCGACAAAAGCUUCACUCGCGCCGAGCAUCUACGUCGGCAUGCACUCAAUCAUGAACAGCCACGAAAGGGCUUUACCUGUGAGCGCUGCAGGGUCCACUUUCAGCGUCCGGAUCUACUUGCCCGACACAUGCUGCGUCAUGACAAACGGGAUGAAGAAGCUGGUGGUCCAGGGUUAGGCAUCCUGAACACACGCAAGAGGACUCGCAGAGCUCGUGAUGGCACCAUCAUAGUGCGCCCCUCGCAGCGAGAGAUGCGGUCGGGAGGACGAUCGACCACCGCUUCCUUGUCGUCGGGUCAGGAUGUAGUAGCAGAAGAAGAGGAAGAGCCGAUGGACGAGGCCCCCUUAUCGCCGCCGAUAUCUGGCACAGACCCAAACUCUCUACCGAUUGUCGAGACGGAUCCAUUUUUAGCGCCGAUGAUGCCAGGCGGUCCUUUUGAACCAUAUGUUGAACCUAUUCCAGGGCAGUUUGAUGCAGCGGACGGAUCAUUCAACCUCGAGUUGGGCGGCAUGGGCGAUUUCUUCAGCAUGGACACAGCCACCGACUUCAAUCUCCCAUUUGCAGCAACCUGCAACUAUAAUUGGUUAUUCGACGUCGCCUCUCUGGAUGACGCAUUUCAUCAAUUCGAUUUCCCGCUCGGCUUUGAUACAGAGCCGUUCCCUGGAGCGCUUAAUACGGACUAUAAUCCGCCAGUGGAUAAGUACGAUGGCCCAUCAGCCUUGUUAGAGGUAGCAUCUAUGAUGAACAAAGGACAAACGCCACAGUCUACCCUGUCACCGAUCAUGCCUGACAUCCUGGAGGCAGACUGGAUGUCGGGGACCUCUUUUCUCGGGCCCAGCCCGCCGCCACACUUACCACGGCUGUCCGAGAAUUGCCGGCGAGGCAUCCUAUCCCUGGUGAUGCAGGUAUCCCCAGUAGGUAUCGACGGUCGGCCAAGAACGCUGGAUUCGCCUCUGCUUACCCUAGGGGCUUUACAAAGCUACUGCGAUCUCUUCUUUACGCGCUUCAAUGUUACAUAUCCCCUGGUCCAUCAGGCAACCUUCAACCCAGAAACCAUUGACCCAAUUUUUCUGGCGGCGGUUCUGUUCAUGGGAGCGACCUAUAGCACGCGUGAGGCUCAUCAACUCGCCGUGGGGAUCCACGACAAACUUCGAAACCAACUGCUAUGCCAUGAGGAGUUCUCACCACAGCCGGAGUUUUGGGUCUUGCAAACAAUGCUGCUGAUUGACUGCUUUGGAAAGAUGAGGGCCGGUUCCAAGCAGCGCGAACGCGCCCAGCUAUUCCACUGUGUCCUGAUUAAACUCAUUCGCCGUAGUAACUGUUGCAGCAUACAAGAUUCGCCUCAGCUAGCACGAUCGGAGGAUAUCGAUCAGGCAUGGCGGCAGGCUAUGGAUGCAGAGCAGCGGAAAAGACUGGCAAUGCUUUGCUUCAUGUGGGACACGCAGCAUGCGGUUCUCUUCUCCCAAUCCCUCUGCAUGUCCGCAUUUGAGAUCCGGUCUCGUUUGCCAUGUAGCGCUGCCAUCUGGGAAGCAUCGUCCGCCCGAGAGUGGGCGCACCUCGCUGCCCGUGAAACAAACAGACCGUUUCUCACUGUCCUCAAAGGCUACAUCACCCCAGGAUCUGUGUCUCGACCACGAGAUCUGAAUGUCUUUGCUCGCACGGUAAUCCUACAUGGCUUGAUGUCUGUGUCCGCCGAUCUCAAGCGACGAGAUCAAACUACACUACGGUCGGAAACACCGGAGCGGGUGGGAGCUUGGACUCCACGAAUGAGCCGGUCUUACGUUCUAUGGAAAGUGGACUUUGAUGCAGACUGCCUCGCAAUGAAACUGGCCCAGACAGCAGACCCACGUCGUUUCACUGGGUUGAAAAUGGCAGCCCAUGCUCUCUAUCAUGCUUCCUGCCUGGCAUUAAGUGUAGAGAUCCUUGACUUGCAGAUUGUUGCGGGAGCAGUGCAGAUUCUAGGACGAACAGUCACUCCAGCUGACCAGUCAAGAUCACUGCAGAAUAUUGUCCGUUGGCUGCACGAGGACUCGGGAGCAUCGACCGCUGUGGCACGGCAUGCAUCCCAUCUCCUACAGGAUGCGGUGUUGAGUCUCCAUGACUGGGACCAGACAGAUGCCUUUCAUUUCCCCUGGUGCCUCUACUUGGCUACGUUGGCCUGUUGGGUCUUUCAUCGGGGCAUGGAUCCUUCGUCCUCCGAACCCCGAAUGAAUACAGAUCUGUCUUCGCUUAUUGUCAUGAUGACCAACUGCCCCAGCACUACGGAGUUGGCAGCACUGUCCGGAAAAUACGAUCCCAAACCGUUAGUAGCAGCGAUGGCACAGCAACUCGCGACUGUCCGAUGGGCAGUUGUUCAUGAUGCAAUGAAAGUACUAAUAGCGUUAUCUUAA